GGCACGCAGGCGGCUUCGUAGCGGGAAGCGUGCGGCCGCUAGUCGAGGCGGGCAGCAUGGAGGCGGCGGAUGGGGAGAAGGCGGGCGGCGGCCGCAACGGCCACGCCGAGGGCCCGGCGGCGGAGCGGGGCGGCGGCGGGCGGCUGCGGGGCUGCCGGGGCUUCCUGCGGCGCAACGCGCUGGUGCUGCUGACGGUUUCGGGGGUGGUGGCCGGCGUGGCGCUGGGCGCCGCCGUGCGCGGCGCGGCUCUGGGCCCGGCGCAGGUGACCUAUCUGGCCUUUCCCGGGGAGCUGCUGCUGCGGAUGCUGCGGAUGGUGAUCCUGCCGCUGGUGGUGUGCAGCCUGGUGUCGGGAGCCGCCAGCCUGGACACCCGCUCGCUCGGCCGUCUCGGCGGCAUCGCCAUCGCUUAUUUCCUUGGCACCACGUUGCUGGCCUCCGGCCUCGCCGUCGCCCUCGGCUUCAUCGUUCGGCCCGGCGCCGGAGCUUCUGCUCUCAACGCCCCUGGCUUGGGGCUUCCCGGCGCCGUGCCCACCAGCAAGGAGACCGUGGACUCCUUCCUCGACCUCGUCAGGAACCUGUUUCCUUCCAACCUCGUGGCUGCAGCUUUCCGAACGUACGCAACAGAAUAUAAGAUACUGCUCAGAAACACUACCUCUGGAAAUGUCACAUUGGAAAAGGUCCCUGUGGGUACUGAGAUUGAAGGGAUGAAUAUCCUGGGACUGGUGCUGUUUGCUCUGGUUUUAGGAGUGGCUCUGAAAAAGCUUGGCCAGGAAGGGGAAGAUCUGAUCCGCUUCUUUAACUCAUUCAAUGAGGCAACUAUGGUCUUGGUUUCCUGGAUUAUGUGGUAUGUGCCUAUUGGCAUCAUGUUCCUUGUUGGGAGCAAGAUUGUGGAAAUGGAAGAUAUUGUGCUUCUGGUGACCAGCCUGGGAAAAUACAUCUUUGCCUCUAUCCUGGGCCACUUCAUCCAUGGAGGAAUCAUUCUGCCCCUGAUUUAUUUUGCAGCUACGCGUCAAAAUCCCUAUCGCUUUCUCUUAGGACUGAUCACACCAUUUGCCACUGCUUUUGCCACUUGCUCCAGCUCAGCCACUCUGCCCUCAAUGAUCAAGUGCAUCGAGGAGAACAAUGGAGUGGACAAGAGGAUCAGCAGGUUCAUCCUUCCCAUCGGGGCCACGGUGAACAUGGACGGAGCUGCAAUUUUCCAGUGCAUGGCAGCUGUGUUCAUUGCUCAGCUCAACAAUGUUGACCUCAACCCUGGGCAAAUCUUCACAAUUCUGGUGACAGCUACUGCAUCCAGCGUGGGGGCAGCUGGGGUCCCAGCUGGAGGAGUCCUCACGAUUGCUAUCAUCUUGGAGGCCAUUGGACUUCCCACCAACGACCUCUCCUUGAUACUAGCAGUGGACUGGAUUGUGGACCGAACCACCACGGUUGUGAAUGUGGAAGGGGAUGCCCUUGGAGCAGGCAUCCUUAACUACCUGAAUGAAAAAGCAAACAAAGAGAAAGAGCAGGAGCUAAAAGAAGUCAACACAGAAGCAGUUGCUAACAGCAAGGCUGAAGGGGAAACGUCGCCUUUGGUAACCCACAAAAACCCAGUGUCCAACACAAGCAGUACAGCAGAUCCUGAGUCCAAGGAAUCAGUGUUGUGAACUAGAG